GCAAAGCUCAAGGAAAUGCAGUUGUUCUUUGGACUAGAAGUGACCGGAAAACCUGAUCUUGACACACUGGAGGUGAUGAAAAAACCCAGAUGUGGUGUACCUGAUGUAGAGAAAUAUGUGUUCACACCAGGGAAUCCCAAAUGGAAAAGAAAUAAUCUGACAUACAGGAUUUUGAAUUACACCCCAAAGAUGAGACGAGCUGAUGUAGAUGAAGCAAUCAGAAGAGCUCUCAGUGUCUGGAGCAAUGUGACGCCAUUGACAUUCCAAAAGGUUGAGGACAAGGAGGCAGAUAUAAUGAUCUCUUUUGCUUAUAGAGACCACCGUGACAAUUCCCCUUUUGAUGGUCCCAAUGGACAGCUGGCUCAUGCAUUCCAGCCCGGUGAAGGUAUUGGUGGAGAUGUGCAUAUGGAUGAGGAGGAAGCUUGGACAAAAGAUGGAAGAGGCUACAAUUUGUUCAUUGUUCUUGCCCAUGAGCUUGGCCAUUCACUGGGUCUGUCUCAUUCAAAUGAUCCUGGAGCACUGAUGUAUCCAACUUACUCCUACACCGAUCCCAAUGAAUUCCUUCUUCCUCAGGAUGACAUUGAUGGAAUUCAGGCUAUUUAUGGACGGUCUAAUGUUGCUGUGCAGCCAACAGGACCCAUAACUCCAGAAGCUUGUGACCCAAAUUUGACAUUUGAUUCUGUUACUACCCUACGUGGAGAAAUAUUCUUCUUCAAGGGCAGAUACAUGCUGCGCAAGCAUCCUGCAAGGACAGAGACAGAGCUCAAUUUUAUCUCACUGUUCUGGCCAAGGUUACCAUCAGGAAUUCAAGCUGCUUAUGAAAACGUUGAGACAGAUGAAAUUAUAAUUUUUAAAGAGGAUAAAUACUGGGUCAUCAGGGGAUAUGAUGUUCUACCCGGCUAUCCCAAACCAAUCCAUCGCUUUGGGUUCCCAAAGACUGUUAAAAGAGUUAAUGCAGCUUACAAUGAUGAAACCACAGGGAAAACAUACUUCUUUGUGGCUGACAGAUACUGGAGAUAUGAUGAAAAGAAAAAAUCCAUGGACCAUGGGUAUCCCAAGAAAAUAGUCUCCUACUUUGGAAACAUUGGCAGAGUUAAUGCUGCUUUCCAGAAAGAUGGCUAUGUGUAUUUCUUCCAUGGAACAACUCAGUUCCAGUUUGAUCCUCGUGCCAAACGGAUUGUUCGACAAAUGAAGAGCACCAGCUGGUUUAAUUGUUAAUUGCAGUGUUUUGCCAUGUGCACACU